GCGGGUCGGGAUCGGUGAUUGGCAGCGUAGCCAAGGAGACGACACAAAGAGCUGGCGAGGCCCAAUCAUUUGGCACUCAAUUUGCCAUCGCCGGGACCGGUAAGUUGGCGAGCGUCUGGUGGGCUGGGUGCACUCGGUUUGCUCGUCGGAAAAGUGGCGGGUAGCAAAAAAAAGUGACACAUCUCACCGUGUCCUGCAACCCCUCCUCCUUCCCCCGAUCCCGCGACUGGCGUCUUUAACAGCUAAGAUAGUCGCCUGUAGUGCAACCGGACACAGAGAGGGACAGGCACGCCAGGCAAGUUACACCACCGCAGGACGAGCGCCGCGAGAAGAGGAAGACAGAAAGAGAGAGGCUAUCAGUGCACGGCUGGACUCUAGCGGGAUAGAUGGAUGGAUCUCAGCCGCACUAGCAAGCUGGGGCCCGUGGCCCUGUCUACCCUCGUCGGUUCGCAGCCACAGCAUCCACCGCCACCGCCUCCUCCACCCGUGCUGGCCCAACCGCACGCGCAUCUACCCGCCAUCACCGCUGCCGCUGCCGCCGCCGCCAUGUACCCGGGUCUACCCGGCUUGAUGUUUGGACUGUGUGGGUUCGAGUCUCCGGCGGCUGCGGCGGCUUUGCCCAUGCUGCCACUGCCGACUCUGCACUUCACGCCCUCGCAGGUGGCCAAGGUGUGCGAGACCCUGGAGGAAAGUGGCGAUAUUGAGCGACUGGGGCGGUUUCUCUGGUCCAUACCCGUCAACCCGUCGGCAUGCGAAGCCCUCAACAAGCACGAGUCCGUGUUGCGAGCGAGAGCUCUGGUGUCCUUCCACACCGGAAAUUUCAGAGACUUGUACCACAUCCUGGAGAACCACAAGUUCACCAAGGAGUCGCAUGCCAAGCUGCAGGCCAUGUGGCUGGAGGCACACUACCAGGAGGCGGAGAAGCUGCGAGGCCGACCGCUCGGACCCGUGGACAAAUAUCGGGUGAGGAAGAAGUACCCGCUACCCAGGACCAUCUGGGACGGCGAGCAGAAGACUCACUGCUUCAAGGAGCGGACCAGGAACCUGCUCCGGGAGUGGUACCUGCAGGACCCGUACCCCAAUCCCACCAAGAAGCGCGAACUGGCCCAGGCCACGGGGCUGACACCUACCCAGGUGGGCAACUGGUUCAAGAACAGGCGACAGCGCGACAGGGCGGCCGCGGCCAAGAACAGACUGCAGCAACAAGGCCACCUGUCCAAGCUCUCCGGUGGAGAAGGCAGCCGGGCCGACACCCUCUCCCCCUCCUCCACGGCCACGGACCGGCGCAUCGAGCCCGACAUUGACCUGGAGGACGACGACAGCUUCAGCGACCUCGACUCGCUGACGUCCUCGCCGCCACCUCACGACAGUCACCAUGACGACGACCGCGUCCAGUUGAGUCCCACUCCAAGCAACUCUUCCCACCACGGGCCUCGGCCCACAUCGUGAGUGGGCCAGGGUUACCAAUGCCGGCUCAGGUGACGUCGUGGUGACGUCACGAACUGGGGGUUGUUGAACAAGGAAUAGCGCCUUACGCGCGCUUGUGCCACAGCGUCAGUCGGCACGACACUUCUUUUCUCGCGGACGCCAGCGUUCUGACGCGCAGUGACGUGCAGAAGGACAGGUGCGACAAGAAUGCAGGGAUCCAUCGAACGUCCGAGUCAUGCAAACGAGGCUCGACAGCUGUCGCUGCUUUCUUGGCGACCAUAGACAGCUCCGAAAGCUUCUUUGGCUAAAUAUGGCUAAAGAUGGCUAAAGAUGGCUAAAUAUGACAAUAUGUCGCCAGAAGGAGUGAUAUAGAAGACAUCUUUUUUCGUUUGCAAGACGUCUUUAUAACAAUCUGAUCUUGCACGGCAAGCUCGGUAAAGAAUGUGACAGAAUAAUAUAAUAAUAAGAAAAAUAUGGUUAAAGCGCACUUUAAGAAGCAUGCUUAACAUUUUAUUGGUUUCGAAACCUGCACGAAAGUGUUUUGAACAGAAGUACGACUGAGCACUCGUUGGACACGCCAGUCUAUAGAAUUGUGACACAUGGUUUUGUUUGUUUGUUUUUUUUUUUUUUUUUUAACUACCACCCAUCCCCUACCCUCAAUUUUUUUUCCCUGGAUCACUUCCUAAGCCAGUCUUUUCUUGUCCGAACCAGUCACUAAUGUCGAUAAGCAUGACUGAUUUGUGUAUAUUAUUGUUCCGUGAGUAUAUGCCAAACUUGUAAAUCGAAAAGCUGUGUUUAAUGAGACUUGAUUUCUGCGUGGUGAAAAUUUAUGUUACAUUUUUGAAAUAUUUUUCCAACCACCCCUCACUCUUUUCUGACCCUUUCCUCACUCAGACCCUGUCUCUCCACAAAACAAAUCACAUCAGAAAGAUCUCGAACUAUCACUAGAGAAUUGUGUCUGUGCUUGUAACACUGAGGAUGUAGUAACAUCGUCAAUGUGCAUAUUUCUGCACUCUUUAUGUGUUUGUGUCAAGAAUGAGCUCGAAAUGGCAAGAUUAUCUAUUUGUUAUGUCUUUCAUUACUUUAUUUGUACGUCCCUGUCUGCUUCUCUCUUUCUCUCUCUCUCCCUCUUUCUCUCUAGUUAUGCGUGGUUGAAGAAAUGUAUGAUUAUGCGAACAUGCAAUCAUGUGUAUAUCCAUCAAUGUUGUAUGUGUGUAUGUAUGUGUGGACUGCGUGCGUCGUGAGUGUACGUGCAUGUGUGAGAGAAUGUUUGCGAGUUUAAUUGUGUAUACGUGUGUGAGUUCUGUUUAGAGUUAUUUACUAUCCAGUUGGACUCUUGCCUUUAAUCCGCGGACACGUGCGGACCUACAAUGUAAGAUCAACUAGCCCAGUCCCUGACGUGGUCGUGCUUUGUGUGUUUAGUAAAGGACGACAAUGAGAAAUAAA